AUGAAUAAGUUGAGGUCAAUAGUUUUUGAAACGUUUAAAAGCAUGGCGCUAUCGUAUGUUGAUAUGUCUUCUGUUAUUGAGGUUCAGGAACGUUUAACGAGUCAUGGAGGUGGCAUUGGAUUAAGUAGCGGUAGCCCUGCAUAUUCAGCACACACAGCAGGUGGAACUGGUAGGUCUGGCAGCCUGUCAGCAAGUCAACAUGGUCCUGGCAUGCAUCAGCCAGCUGACUUUCAACCGCCUUACUUUCCACCUCCUUUUCAUCAUCCAUCGACACAUCAAAGUCCGCCGCAGCAGCAACAACAAAAUCAUCACGGUCUCGACUAUUUAAGUCCAGCAACAGAUCCAUACAGUCAAACGCCAUUGUCGUCGGGGCUUCAUCAUCACACAUCAUCAUUGCAUCAUCAUUAUAAUCAAUUAGCUGGUUUAAGUCGUCCUUCUCAGGAGCAAUUAAGCUUAUCUGGUCGAUCUCAUCGGGACUCGGUUGAUCUCGUUCAAGGAUGUCAUGUUACGCAACUCUCCCAUGGCUUCCCAAUGGCAUAUACAGAUCGUCGUACAAGCGACUACGGAGCAUCACUGGCUGGUUCAGGUGCCACAGGACGUUUAGGAGCUCCAGUUAGCGGACACGAUCAUGAUCCACUCUCACUUCAUCAGGCUCUACAAAAUGCAGUCGAUGAUCAAGAACAGAAUCAAGUUUGUGAUGAGAAUGCGACAACAUUCAUGACUGAUUUGCCUUUAUUGAAAAGUGAGUUUCAUUAUUCACCGCCAUUCUUUCCCGACAUUAAGAAAGAUCAAACUUCCCUCAACAUUGUCGGCUCACCGAGUGACGUUUUCUGUUCGGUUCCUGGUCGAUUGAGUCUAUUGUCAAGUACGAGUAAAUAUAAGGUUACGGUAGCUGAAGUUCAACGACGACUUUCGCCUCCUGAAUGCCUUAACGCAAGUUUACUAGGCGGUGUUCUUCGUCGUGCCAAGAGCAAGAACGGCGGUCGUUUGUUACGUGAGAAACUCGAGAAAAUCGGUCUUAAUUUGCCAGCUGGAAGACGAAAAGCUGCAAAUGUGACACUUUUGACAUCACUAGUUGAAGGUGAAGCCAUUCAUUUAGCCAGAGACUUCGGUUAUGUUUGUGAGACUGAAUUUCCUGCUCGACAAGUUGGAGAAUAUCUCACACGGCCACACAUUGAACAGCCUCAUGAUUCUUACAAAAGAAAAGAGGUGCUGUUGAAUACUAAACAGGUCACAAAGGAAUUGAUGGACCUCUUGAAUCAAGACAGAUCUCCACUGUGCAACACAAGACCACAACAUAUUUUGGACGGAUCAAUACAAAGGCAUUUGACACAUUUUUCACUAAUUACUCAUGGUUUUGGUUCACCUGCCAUAGUUGCUGCUCUUACGGCUAUUCAAAACUACUUAAAUGAAUCAAUAAAGCAUUUAGACAAAAUGUAUCCAGGAAACGGUGGCAGCAUGGUGACAUCAUCUCUGGACAACAAAUCGAAACUCGAUCUUGACAAAAAAUGAUAAUCAGCUUUAGGGAAGCGAAGGUCAUUUUUGUUUUGAUUCUUGGUUCCCAAUCAUUGUCUUUGUGUAUGUUUAUCUCAUCAUCAACACAAAAUCAAACGUCUGCGUGCGAUUUUUUCAUCUCUUCUGGUGUUCAUCAGCGCUGAAGCUCAAAAUUGCAUUAAUUUUUAUGUCGACAUGCUCAAUUCACAUGUGCCAACUCGCACUGACCAUAAAAAUGUUGUACAAAAAAUAUUAAAUUUUUAAAUAUGAAAAAAAGAUUAA